AGAUCAUUUCUUUCCGUGAUUUUUGUUAAUGAUUGUUACCAUUUUCGUGCGACGCAUAGCGGUGCGUUGCGUAUCCGCAGCCAUCGUCGGCGGCGGUGAUAAGCCUCCGUGUGCUACCCGCCGGGUACGUAAUCGCAUUGUUAUCGUCGCACGUAAAUGCAUCCGUUAUUUCACGUUUUCAUUAUUUUGUGGUGGCACUGAGACAUUUAUCUUCAUUUUGUGGUGUCCGGCGGCCAGAACCUCCGUGGUGAAUGUUGCUCUCUGUUCGUGUUCGUCGUUGUGUGCUUACCAACUGUUCAUUCAAGUGUUCUUUCGUUGGUCUACAGCCAUUUUCGUCAAACCACGUUUUCUGUGUUUUCGUGUCUUUCGUGUCGGCUAUCUGGGUGGUCAUGUACCAACAGCCAUUGUGAUUAACGUGGUUUUCAUUCGCAUUGUCUUCAUCUGCGCUGUAAACCUUCUAUCUUCGUUGGUGACGGUGCUUGGGUGGUCGCACGUACCAAGCUCUAUGACUUAUUUCUUUCAUACGCUGCGGUGUGCCGUCGUAGGCAUUUGUCAAGUCACAGGGCUGGUGCGGUCGCGUUAGGAUAAAACCAGCCAUCAAUCACAGUCACAUGUGUGUAUUGGUCAACCAUAUUUGUUUCGUUAUUUAUGUAAAGGCCAACGGGCCUAGCCGUCUUAGGCAAAUUAUUAUUAUAGGUUAUUGUUAUUUAUUGU